UAUGACUCAUAAAUUUGUCCUUACAAUAAUCAACGUAAUCAAUUUCAGAAAUUAUAUGGAACAAGCUUAAUUUUGAUUUUCUUAAGAACAAAAAAAUCAUAAAUAAUGUUGUUACAAAUUCACAAGUUGCCUUGUUCAUUUUUGUACAAGUAAAAUUGAAAAUCAUUUCGAGAUUUAACCGUAUUUUGAAUAGUUUAAAAUAAUGAUUAUAAAACUGGGUGCAUAAACAACAUACACAAAUAAUUAAAGGAAUAUACAUUAUAGAAACAUCCUAUAUUUAUUUGAUAUUGUAUUAAUUAAUUCACUUUGAAUACGACAUCAACAUGAUAACACUCCAAAACACAUAAAAAAAUCUUUGCAUGAUCUCUGCCAUCACAGAAACCACAUGUAUCAUGACCAUAUCCUAGGAUUUGGACUCAAACCUCAAUACCCCUAUUGUUAAUUAUUUAAGUAAAGUUGCCAUCAACAUCGUUUCAUUAUAUGAUGACUACCACGCAAGGAGUAAAAGUUGGGAGGGUUGGAUUUGAUGAGAGAGUGGGAAAUAAAAUUUAAACUCCCAGAUUAAUUAACAGUAUACAUCCUUGCCCGAUACUAAAAUGAAAGAGAGAUGUUAUGUAGAAUAUAUACUAAUCUUCAAUGUUAAUGAGUGUUAGAUUUUAUUAGCAUGAGCAAAGUUAAUGGGGCACACAGUUUAUAUGUUAGUUUGUCAAUAUCAAAAUUGAUUCCGUUGGACAAAUUAAGUCAAGGAGUUAUCUAUAUAUAAUUCUAUAAUAACAAAUUAUUUUAUAUAACCAUAUCGAUCAAUCGGCCGAUCCUGCAUUCAAUGCCCCUCCGUUAAGAAUUAAAACUCUAUUUAUUGGAGGUAUUCGUCCGUUUCGGACGGACUUAAGCUUCAUUAUGAGCUUUUAAAUCAUCAUUUAUUUGAUGUUAUUAGGGGAAUUCCCUAUUCAUGUGGGUUAGCUCAAUUAUUUUCUUUGUUGACCUUUUGAUUGGAAGAUACCGGCAUCUAAUCUAUAUCUAUACUAUAUAUUAUGGCAAUUCAAAAGUAACUUCUUGCCACAUAAGCACUUGGAGAAUUCACAAGUUGCCAAGGUGGACAACUUUUUUUGCAAACAAAAAAUUCAUUAUUGAUCUAUUUAUGGAGCUAUCUCUCUCUUCUUUUAAUAUUUCUACUCAUUUUUACUAAAAGUUAAUAAUAAAUUACAUUUUUAUGAGAAUGUAAACAAACACACAAAAGUAUAAUAUUUUUGUCAAUUAAAAAAAUAUAAAGAUGGAAAUAGAGAGUGACUAUAUCGAAUUCGUUUAAAUAAAAAAAAAUAUGAUUAAAUUUUAUCAAGUAAAUUUUCUACUCAUUUUCACAAAAACUUAAUAAUAAGUUACAUUUUGACAAAAAUUUAAAAAAGUACACAUAUAUAAUAAUAUUUGUAUCAAUUAAACAAAAUAUUACAAUAGAAAUAUUGAAAACAAAUUAUUAAAAAGGUACACACAUAUAAUAAUAUUUUUAUCAAUCGACUUUGAAAAUGAAAUAUAUGAAUUUAUAUUUUUUGUAUUAACAACUCCCUUAUUUCUAAUGUAUUUGUUUUGGUCAAAUUAUUUCUAAUAUAUAUUUCUAUCAAAUAAAACAAGUCUUAUAUAGUAAAAGGCCUGAAUAUAAGUUUGACUAAGCAAUAAUAGUUCUUUCUGUAAAAAACUUAUUAUUCAUCAUGAUUAAGUGAAAAAAUAUAUUCAAGUUCUAUCUUCUGUUUCUCAAAUUAAGAGGAAUCAGGUGUGCAAUACUUUAUAAUUUGUCCUAGGGUUCAUAUAAAAAUAUUCACUCUAGAUCAUAUUAAUUGAACAAUCUCUAUUGAAGUCAUAAGUCGAAUGCUAAGUAAUUUCUUUUCAGAUUUGGAGUUAUUGUUGAACAUUGUUACAUCAAAGUUUUCAAAAUGACUUAAGUAUGAUUUUUGACGAGUUUUGAGUUCAUACCUAAGAUGAGACACAACAUCACUUAAAAAACAACACGUGUGAAGGUUAAGAAAAUCUUCUUUGAGGAUAUACGAUAAACAUCAUGUUUCAUCAACCACUAACCUUAGCAUUGAUCAAAUAAGGGUUGAAAAAAUUUAUUUUAUAGUUGAUGUCUUGGUAGACAAAUCUAAAUUUGAGGAUAGAGGCAAUAAAUAAACAUAAGUGUGUUAGUUGAGAUAUCUAAACAAAAAACUUUUGUAGCUACAAGAAUCUGAAUUGAGGUAUUGUGUUAAAAUAAAGAACCUUUAAUAAGGAUGAGUUUAGUAAGACAAUUGUAAGAAAACAUUGGGAUAGUUUGCUUCGUGGAUUUGAAAACUGAAGGUUUUAAUAAAACUUGGAUUUUGUAAAAGCAUGGAUAUAUGAAGGUUUUUGGUUCAUUAUGUAUUUGAAAAUACCAUAUUUCGUUUCAUAGAUUUCAUGAUGCAUUUGGUUAAUUAAAUUUGUAUGUUGGAAGUGAAAAUGACAUAUAUUACUCUCAUUGGUACGAGAAGGGAAAUGAAAUAAGAGGGGUAGGUUGGUCAUAAAUAAUAAACUGCAAAUUCCAUGAUGAAUUUCCAUCUAAAGAGGUGAAAUUUUCAAGUCUGUGGGGCCCACAAAUUUGGAACCUUAAAAUACAUGAGACACACAUAUUUGUUGCCUCUAAAUACAUGAAGCAAACAAUGGUUGCACAAAGUUCACGAUAGCUCCAAAUUCAUCAAGCAAACAACCCCACCUAUAUGGUUAUAAGUCUGUGACUCCAUACCAAAUUUUGGCAAUAACAAAAAAAAUUUCAAUAUCGAAGUCUCAAAAUGGAAAUUUUUUGGUUAGUAACAGUAAAGCUUUUGUAUUUAGAUCGAGUUAUCCUAGACACAAAAUUUCGUUUUCAUAUUUCAGUCGAUGAGCCGAGUUCAUAGCCAUUAAUUAGGGUUAAAAAUUAAAAUAAAAUCAUUAUACAUAUUCUUAGAUAUUAAUAGAUAUGUCUACAAUACUUUCAAGAAUUCAAAUGCAUGUAAAAUGUCACAAUGUUUCUACGAGUUAUUACAUUUUAUAAAAAAAAUAAAAAGUAAAUUAAGUUAAUAAAAAUGAAUGCAACAUUUUUGUUUGUUCCUAUUCCUUUUCCCAUACAACAUUGAAAAUAAAACACAACAUUGAUAAUAAAGAAACUAGAUCAAGCCCCAUAAAAACAAAUAAAGCUCUCUUCUUAUUUGCUUAAAUUUUGAGUUUCUAGAAUUUGUCUUCUCUACUUUUUUUGUAUAUAGAUAUAGGAAAGGAAAUGGUAAGGCAUAUUGAUUUUUUUUCCCCUCUUUGUAGGAGAAUAGGAGGCGGGAGUUACAUGAUGCAGUGAUUUGUUGGGAAAGAAUUGAACAACGCUAACAUAUUUUUGCCUAUUGACGAAGAAAAGUCCAACCUAUCAUUUCUCCCUCUUCCCUUUUGAUUUGAUCCUCAGUGGGCUAUUGAUAUUUCUUUCUCGGAGAUAUCUGACUGCUAGCGGUUGACUGGCCGAGUUAUAGUAUUCUUCCCAUUCUUUUCUUAAUAUCUUCCAGAUUAUGGCGGCUGGAUAGUAAAUUUCCCUUUUCGAUUCAAUGGUUGUAUUUCUUCUUCGUUAUUCAGGUAGUUGUUUUAUGGUUCUCUGUUAUCCUGUAUACUUUGAUGUAAACAUGUAACAUAUAAUUCAAAGGGUUCGUUGCUUGGACUUGGAGCAUCUCUUCCCUUUUGAUCUGAUCCGCAGUGGGCAAUUGAUAUUUCUUCCUCGGAGAUAUCUGACUGAUAGCGGUUGACUGGCCGAGUUAUAGUCUUCUUCCCAUUCUUUUCUUAAUAUCUUCCAGAUUACGGCGGCUGGAUAGUAAAUUUCCCGUUUCGAUUCAAUGGUUGUAUUUCUUCUUCGUUAUUCAGGUAGUUGUUUUAUGGUUCUCUGUUAUCCUGUAUACUUUGAUGUAAACAUGUAACAUAUAAUUCAAAGGGUUCGUUGCUUGGACUUGGAGCAUCUCUCCUUUGGUUGAAUAAUUGAUCGUUUUCCUUGGAGGCCUAUUGCAACUGGAUCCCUUGGAUGUAAAGAUGGAAACCAUAGUUGUGAGGGUUGUUCAUUAUGUUUAUUAUGUUCAUGAGUGACAUGCUACUAGCUAGCUAUAUGACGAUGAUCUGAUCAAGUAAAUAGUAUGUAACAGGGGGUUAUAAGUAGGAGAGAACAUAUUUGGGAUUUUAUAAAGGGCGCGAAGAAGAAAUAAAGUGGUAGCAAAUGUCGAUGUUUUCCCCCAUUUCUAGACGUUUGUAAUGACAUUGGUUUGUUUCCUUAGCGUGAAUUUUGCCUAAUUAAAUUCCUAACUAAAGCUUGAUUUUGGCCUGAUUGUUUCUAAUAACUACUAUUUGGAUUGAUGCAUCAAUUCGAUUCACAAUGGGGACUCUGCAAGAUAUAAUGACUUGAGUUAUAUUGAAGUAUACAACUUUUACUAUUCAUUUAUGUUAUUAUUAGGUAGAAAAACAUGAUCCUUUUGGCAGGGGUAUGUAGCUCUCUACAAAAUAUAAAUUUUGAUUAUAUGCAGUUUAGUUUACUGAAAACAUAGUUUUAAUAAAUUAGUGACAAACAAUAGUUUUAUUUGUGGUUGGUUUUGCUAGAAUAUUUUCAAGGUAAAUUAAACGAAUAAGUGGAAGAUUGAUAAUGUGGAUGCCAAUGUGGUUUCUCAUUCUUCCAAAAUUACACGAGUAACUGAUACUACACGAUAAUUGUGGGAUCUAGAUCACGAUAUUCUCUAUUAUCAUAUACCAACGUACGAGAAGGGUGAGAAAAUGAAAGCUCUUCACUUUUUUUUAUUAAUUGAAAUAUAUUUGCAAGUUUUAACUUUUUCUUUUGUGUCCUUCAAAAUUUUAACUUCUUUGUCACUUUGUGUGCUAAAAAUUUAAUAAUCUCUUAGUUUAUAUCUUAAAUGGUGGAUUCGAUACAUAAUUAUAAAUCAAUAAAGAAAAUACUACAGAGAGCUCAUUUAAUAAAAUUAAAAUUUCAUAAAUAAAUGAAAGAUAUAAAAAUGUGAAACAAUAUAUGAAAUUUGGUAAGUGAGAUUAACAAUUCAAUGUAUAAUAGUUUAACAUAAUGAAUCAUAAAUAAAAUUAUAAUGAAUCAUAAACAGUGAGAUUAACAAUUCAAUGUAUAAUAGUUUAACAUAAUGAAUCAUAAAUAAAAUUAUAAUACUAGGACGAAAAAUAUAAUAACCAAUCAAAAUUUGCCGCCCAACGGGCGGGUAUAAAGCUAGUUUAUUUGAUGGUAUUAGGUACCCUACAACGGCUCUAAUGGGGAUAGAGCUUUGCUCGACAAUGGCAUGUUCUGUUAAUGGUAAUUAUAGGCCUUCAAUGUGUGCUUUAUUGGCAGUUAAUGGGUUUGACAAACCAAUGGGACACACACAAGUUUGAUCUUUUACAUAUAAAUGGGCUUUUGAAGUGGGGUGGAUUUUUGGUCUUCCAAAUUGGUUUAAUGGAGAUUAUCUUAAUUACAUGCUUCUAACCUAAGUUUUGAAGAGGACGUAUCAAAAUGGAUCACCUAUGGUAUCUUAAUUCAUAGAUAACUGGGUUCCAGGGAAUAAACCCUUAAUUCCGAGUACCCGACCCCAUAUUCAAAAUGGAUCACCUAUGGUAUCUUAUUUCAUAAAAAAAGGCCAAGGGGAAUGGGACGUAUCAAAACUCCAAAAUUGCUUUAAACCUCAAUCGGUUGAUCUCAUCAGGAGAAUUCAUCUUCCUCGCUACCCACAGCAAGACAUUAGAGUGUGGCACUAUCCCAAGGAUGGGAAAUACACAAUCAAAUCGGGCUAUCACUUAGCUCUGGAAAUAACAUUGGCAUUAAGCCGAAAAUCGAUAGUGCAUAUCAUUGACCAUCCUAUUUGGAAAAAAAACUUGGAAUAUCCAAGUCCCGCCGCCUAAGCUCAAAAUUUUCAUAUGGCAAUGCCUCAAAGUCAUAUUUCCCACAGUAGUGGCCCUUCAAUCUCGUGGAGUCAACUGUCUCAACCGAUGCCCUGCCUGCUGGAGACAUCGAGAAAGCAUUAGACAUUUAUUCUUCAGAUGCCCCUAGCCACCAGAUUGUGGACUUUAGUGGGAUUGAGCAACUUUAUUGAGACCGCCCAGACUGUUAACUUUAGUCUACGGUGGCGACAUGUCAUGGUCUCCGAGACCUCCCCAUUCCACAUUCUCCAAUGCGUCUGUUUACUUUGGAGAAUCUGGAAGUCUAGAAAUAAAGUGACCUUUGAAUUUAUCCAACCCCAUGUCCGUUCCCUAGCCAGACAGUUCUACAUCCAGGUCCUCGAUUUCUCCAAUCUUCUUCCUCCUCCUCCGCCCCGCAACUAUCUAAUCCCAAAUCAUCCUGCCACCACUUGGGUCCCUCUAAUAGAAGACUUUUUGAAGAUCAACGUCGACGCUGCUGUUUGUGCCACUGGUUGUUCGUCUGGGCUUGUUAUCCGUGGGUCAGACGGGCAUGUGGUGUUGGCGCUCGGGGUGCAGCAUCAAGGAAUAGUCAAUCCUUAUCUGGCAGAGCUUCUAGCUUUUAGAGACGUCAUCUCCAUCGUAGCCUCAAGAUCCUUGACCCACGUGAUAAUCGAAGUUGAUUCAGUAGUGGUGGUCAACCAAGUCCGUCAAGGCGUCAUUGAAGACUCGAUUGGUGGUCCGGUGUUACGAGAGUGUCUUCAAAUCCUUAGAUCUUUGUCUGUUUGUAUAUAGUUUAGGGCGGUACCUAGAUCCGCCAACAGUGCUGCCCAUAGAGUGGCGCGUAAAGCACUGCUUUUGUCUCGUGUAGAGCUAGAAUCUUUUGAUUUCUUGGGGUGGCUUCUUUAAAAUCUGUUAGGUGUCCUGGGUAGAAUUGUAAGUUUAACUAUUUUCUUCCAUUGAUAUCACUCAGAAAUAAAAUAAAAUAAAAAGUUAACU